UAUCUGUCAAUAAAAAAAAAAGAAUAAAUAAAUGCUGACAUUGUGCAGACAGCAGCAGAGAGGUCCAUUAGCACAAUCAGUAAAUGUAGUGUCAUUUUCAGAGAGUGGCUGUAUGAUAUAUCUCCUGACUGCCUCAAAUUAUUGCUUUUCAUUUCCUGACCUGUAGGCUACAAAAAUGUGUUUAAUGUAUUUUAAAUGCAGCUUCCACUGUUUAAUUUUAUCAUUAAGUAGCCUAUAUAGCCAUCAUGAACAAUGCUCCUCCUGCAUCUCUUGCAUGAACAUUCAUACACAUCUUUUUGCCUUCUCUUAGUGAUCUUUUAAUAUCCUGUAAUGGUGGCGACAGAGAGCUGCAUAAAUGAGAUUCUCUCUCUCCUCCACAUCUACAUCCCGUUAUCUGGGCGGGGAGAGGAAGAGAAGGGGACCAUAUCCACCACACUACCUCUCUGUUCUUAGCCACAACUGUGCGAGCAGGAACCGGCUCGUAAAUGUCAUCGAGACAGAGACCCUGAAUAGAGAAGAGGAGGAUAUCUAAGAAAAAACGGAAUCAUUUUACACAUUUAAAAAACGGGAAUAUAUUUUGCUUUUGUUUUGCAGUUUUUGUACUUCCUGCUUAUUCGUUCUGUUGCACUGUAGGAGCUCUCAUUGUGGCUGGAGUCAGGAUCACCUCCUUUUGUGUUGCUCCGCAGUUAUUUGUCCACACAACUUCUGCCUCCUCUUUCCCCAACACAGGAGGUUUCAUUUCUGUUUUCCUGUUUCGGCCUAAACGGAAUGAAUGACAAAAACAAAGGAGGUUGAUGUCCAUAGCUCUCCAACUCACCUCGGCUUCGCCUCGCCCAAGGAACGGAGACUCCAUCUUCGGCAAAAGAUGGAAAGCGCAGGCGGGAAGGAGGGCUCGGACAGCGGGCUGACGCAUCACGCGGUGGACGGGCAGCAGCAGCAAUAUCCCCGGCCUGAAACUGCAGAGUCCUCUGUGGCGCUGUCCGCUCAGCCUUCGGGCGAGAAGAAGAGGAUAAACCGUGCACCGUCACCGGCCAGACCGAAAGAUGUACCUGGAUGGUCGCUCACAAAGAUCCGCGGAGGGAUUGGGACGCCCACCCUAAGCGUCAAACCAGGAGCUAUUCAUCUGGGUAGCCGCAUUUCCAGGCGCAGCCCCGUGGGAAGUCUUACCGGAAAGGACAGUAAAGCGGAGAAAAGCGGCGGUAGCAAACUGGCGGGCAAAUCCUCCUUCUCCGCUGCUGCGUUGUGCAAGAGCUCGGCGACCAAGGCGGCCAAAAGCACCGGCGGGCGGAGGAAGGUGUCGGACGCCAGUAUAGGAUCUGACGAUUUAUCCAAGGAUUCGGGCUGCGCCCCAGGGAAGCUGUCACCGACCGACAGCAGCUCCGAGCUAUCGGACUGCGCCUCUGAGGAAAAUAAACUCUUCGCGGAGGCUGUGAACAGCGACGUUGAGUCGAGGAGCAGCCGAGUCGUUAGGCCGGGCGGAGAUAAGCCGCUCAGGGAUGGUGCGUUGUCGGAGAGAGUUAGUCAUCACAGCGCCGCCAAGACCGCCUGCUCUUCCGAGGAGAACGAGGACAAGGGCCGUCUGUCCUUCGGUGUGGAGACCGGGGAAGGGAGCAUAUCCCCAGGCGAGGAGCGCUCAGUCACCUCGUUUGACAGCAGGGUGCCAGCAAGUACAUCUCUGGCUUUCUCAGACCUCACAGAGGAGUUCAUGGACGGCAUGCAUGAGGAGUUUGUCAGGGAAAUAGAAGAGCUGAGAUCGGAGAAUGAUUACCUCAAAGAUGAGAUGGAGGAGAUGAGGUCUGAGAUGCUGGAGAUGAGGGACAUGUACAUGGAAGAAGAUGUCUACCAGCUGCAGGAGCUACGGCAACAGCUGGAGCAGGCAAAUAAGACGUGCCGCAUCCUGCAGUACAGGCUCAGGAAGGCAGAGCGGCGCUCUCUCCGUGUGGCCCAAACAGGGCAGGUAGACGGAGAACUGAUUCGAACACUGGAGCAAGACGUCAAAGUGGCCAAGGACGUGUCCAUCCGUCUCCACAGCCAGCUGGACAGCGUGGAGAAGAAGAGGAGCCGCCUGGAGAAGGAGAAUGAGGAGCUGAGGGUCCGACUGCAGGACUUGGAGGUUGCCAAGCAGGUCCUGCAGCAGGAGAUUGACAAGAACUCCCAGAAGAAAAGAGGAGCGCGACCCAACAACAAACCUGACAAGAAGCUCAGUCUACAGGAGGACAGUUCAGACCUGAAGUGUCAGCUCCACUUUGCCAAAGAAGAAUCAGCCCUAAUGUGCAAGAAGCUGACCAAGCUGGUGAAGGACAGUGAAGCCAUGAAGGAGGAGCUGGCCAAGUACAGGUCACUGUACGGUGACGUGGACGCCUCACUCACUGUGGAGGAGGUUGCUGACUCCCCCCACACCCGGGAGGCAGAGAUCAGAGUCCACCUUAAGCUGGUGGAGGAGGAGGCCAACCUGCUGAGUCGACGCAUUGUGGAACUGGAGGUGGAGAACAGAGGGCUCCGAGCAGAAAUGGACGACAUGAAGGGACCACAAGAUGGACCUCAAGAACUUACUGGUGUUGGAGGUGGUCUCGGGAUUGGUCUUAGUCUCAGUGGGGGAACCAUGGUGCUUGGAGGAGGGGCUUCAUCUGAAAACGUCAUGGAGCUCCAGAGACACCUCCAGUUUGUGGAGGAGGAAGCAGAGCUACUGAGGAGGUCUCUGAUCGAGAUGGAGGAACAGAACAAACUCCUGAUGAAUGAGAUCAACCGCUAUAAAUCUGAACUCCUGCCACUGACCUCCACACUGUCGUCCGAUCCCUUAACGGUGCUGACGGACGGGCUGCUCAACGAAAGCCCUGUGCACUCCAUACAGGAAGGGGCAGUGCUUAUCAGCACUGACAUCCCCACCCAGGAGGAGGAGCUCAGAUUGGCAAGGCUUCAGAUUGGAGAACUGAGUGGGAAGGUGAAGAAGCUGCAGUAUGAGAACCGAGUGCUUCUGUCCAACCUGCAGCGCUGUGAUCUAGCCUCCUACCAUGCUCCUUCUUCCUCAUCUUCCACCUCCUCGCUACGACUGGCUCUGGAGACGGAAGCAGAGGCUGGAGACUCAGCUGAGUGCCUACCCACCAGUCCACCCCAGCGCAAAGAGCCAGUAGGGGGUGAGAAUGAUACCCUGGAGAUCAAGGAGCAGAAAAAGAGGAUCGAGGACAAUGCUGGCCCAACAACCUCACUCACCAGGUGCCUGGAGCAGAAAGACCAUGAUGACUUCCUGGCUAUAAGGGACCAGGCUCGCUUGGUUUCCACAGCGAUACAGCUAUUGACCUCCCCCGAGUCCAACUGCCUCUCCUCAUCCCCAUCCAUCUAUCACAAGGUCUGCAGCACGGAUGCAGCAGAGCCAUGUGACCUGGAGAAACCUCAAUCUCACAACCAGAUUUCAGAGCUUUCUGACCUGGCAGACCAACCUCUGGUUGGUGCUCUGACCAGCAGACUUCAGGCCCUACAUGCACAGCUGCAGGCCUUUGUGGAGCGAGUAGACAGCCUGGGUAAACCCCCAGCAGGUGUGAGGGACCCUCAGGUUGAAGGAGCACCCCCCCUGGCCUCAUCCUGCACCUCCCUUCCGUGCCCUGGAGACAACCACAAUGGACUUAACCCUGCUGAGCAGAAGCAGCCUCAUUAUAGGGACCAAUCAGAGCCAGAGGUGAAAGGACAAACUAAAGAGAACAGCCAAUCAAACAGCAACGAGGCACAAAAUCUGGGAACCAGCCGGCUGGAGCAGGAAGAGGAGGAGACGGAUGAUGCAAUGGCUCUGCUCCACCGAGAUUUCCAGCUGCAGAGUUUGGGUCUCCGGGCUCGGCUGCAGCAGAAGUUGUGGAACCAGGAAAGGACUCUGCUGGUCCAGGAGUCUCAGCACCUCAAGCAGGCCCUCUUACUGCUCAGCCUCAAAUUACGCUGCUUCCUCAAACAGUGGAGGCUGGGCUGCAAGAAGGACACAGAAUGGAAAGACAUCUUGGAGAUGAACAGCCCAAAGGAUCUCUACUUGCUGUUGGAGGGGGAAAACCUGACAAGCCCCACCCACCAGACUGACAAGCCAUGUGCUGCUGACGAAUGGCCUCUCAGCCCAACUAUCAAGUCAAGUGCUGUGAGCAGCACUUUGGCAGACCUGAGGUUGGCGCUGCAGGAUCUGAGUGGUGAGCUGCGACAGGAACGACAAGGCUCUCAGGAACUCACUCAGCAGUUUGCAAAAGCCAAGGCAUCAUGGGAAGUGGAGAGGACCGAACUACAGAGUCUCAUCACACAGCUUGAAACCAAAGCAGGUAAAUCAACAGCAGCAGCCCUGUCCUCCCCUGAUGCUCUGGAUCCUCCAGACCUGAAGGUGGCACUGAAAAGGGAGCGUGAAGAACAUCAGCACCUCCUGGCUGAGUCCUACGCAGCUGUGAUGGAUCUAACUAAACAGCUUCAGAUCGGAGAAAGGAACUGGGGCAGAGAGAAGCUGGAACUGCUGGAAAGGUUUAGCCAGGAGAGAGCACAGUGGGAGCAGAGACUGAGAGAGGCCACUGCACUACAGGGGAAGUCGAAGUCAUCAGGCGGUGAGUCCCCUGCAGACACAGUGGUUGCUAAUGGAACAGGAUCACCAAGGACCAAAUCCGCAUCAGAGCUGGAUGGUUCAGAGGUCAACGGAGCAGCCAACCAGGAGGAGAAAAUCCAGUUUGCAAUCCCUCCCCUUUUGGUUUGCCCAGAGCUGGGUGACCUCAGCAAGAAGAAUUGGACCUACCUGACCAAUGAAACCCCAGAAAUCAGGGACACCUGUAAAACCUGGGAUGGUCCCAGCGGCUCAAACAGCAGCCUUGCGGGAUCAGGGCUGGAUCUGGAGUCUGUCCAGAGGAGCUACACUGCUCCAGACCGCACCGGCAUCCGGAUCUACUACAGCCCUCCUGCUGUGCGACGCAUAGAGCACCAAAGAAGAAGUCAGGAGGCUAAAGAGCCCCAGCAGGUGCAGAACAGGAGCUCUUCCCUGGGACUGAGUGGCUGGGACUCAGGUAUGGCUGUGGUGGACACCCCUGAGGUUCAGCAACAACCCUCAUCCUCCUCCUUUUUGUCCACAUAUGAGCAGUGGCUGAGCUCACUGUCCAAGCAGCACAGAGAGAUGCUGGAGAGUAGGAGUGGCUCCAUUGUGGGUUCAGUCCCCAGUGUUGUCAACAACAGCGUUGGCAGCUCAGCUAACAGUGUGGUCGAUGGGAUUUCAUCCUCUUCAGCUUUCCAUGGCCUGGAGAUUUCAGCCAACUUAAGUGAUGACAUGAAGGAGAUGACCAACUGUGUCCGCCAGGCCAUACGUUCUUCAUCUCUGGAGAGGAAAUCCAGCAAGGAACCUGUAAGUAAGGCAGUCGGCAUGUCCACCAGGUCCACACAGACUGCUACCCAGUAUGUCAGUAUCGGGAUUCAAACUGACAACGUUCCCAACAGCAGGGGGGCUGGGUUACACUCCAAGGCCUGGUCUCCUCGUCCCUCAUCAACGACCACCUCCUCCUUGGUGUCAGCACGAAAUCGGCAGAUAUCUACAUCACUGGAUAAAGUUCACAGCCGCAUUGAGAGGCCAUGCUGUUCACCUAAGUAUGGAUCACCCAAACUGCAACGCAGAGUGUCUUCUGGCUCCACCUCCAGACUAGAGUCCUCCUCCAGGGACCGCAGCCUGUGGAGCCUCCAUCAGAGACCCGUGGGUGGAGGCGGAGGCUCUGCUUGGGCUCGCUCCACCACCACCAGGGAUAGCCCUGUCCUCAGCUGCCUCACCGACGGCCUCUCCAGCCUCUUCAGCGUGGUGGAACACUCUGGAAGCACAGAGUCACUCUGGAGGGGUGACGGAGGAGCCUGUGCCAGUCCAGCACGGCAGCCUCCUGCCGCAGGAAAACCCUCUGGAGCAGCAGUUUGUGGAUCUGACCCCAGCUCUCAGCGGUACGGAGGCCUUGUCCAGGAGUUCUUCAGGAAUGUCUGCAGCAGCCGCAGCCAGGGGGGAGUCACCCCAUCUGGGGAGAGAGUGCAAAGAGAUUCCCUGGGCAGCCUUGGAGGUCUGAGUGUCUUAGGGGGUUUUGGUGGCGUGGAUGAGCCCAAGCCAGAGUGUGUGUCAGCUGGGGUCGGAGGGUUUGGAGCACCGGCUGGGUUGGGUGGAGGCAAUGACAGUGUGACCAGGAUUGUUAAUAAGAGGUUUAUGAGACAAACAGGCGGAGAGGAGAUGGUCAGUAUCAUGGGAGGAGGGAAGGAAACAAUGAGCAACGUUGGGGCUGCAGGAUCCGGGACAGAGGAUGCCCCCUGUGACUGUGCUGCUCAGUCUUCCUGCUUUGCUCGACCAUCAAGAGCAGCAGCUCGCCAUUCGCUAUGGCAGUGCAAGCACCGCCCACAAGAGUCGCCAGCAGCAACUGAGGAGAAAAGGGACACCUGCAACGAGUGACAACACUUUGACUGCCACAACAAAGAAAGCAACACACAAGAAGACACACACACACACAAAGCAAUACUGAUUUUUCACAAACACUGACCACCACUGCCAUGAAAACACACACACCUCUCAUAUCACCAUGCACACCUACAACCUGCCACACAAGCACACUGCCAAACAUAACACACUGCUAGCAGCACACUGCACAGACUACCCCACAAACCCGCUGCCACAUGCACACAUUCAUACAUUCUGACACACACACACAAACACAAACACACACAUACAGAACCUAGGCAAUAUUUAACUGGUCUUUGAUGCCAAGGAUAGGGAGGACUGAACCCAGCAACAGAUCCAACCAUCACAAAACUACUAGCACAUAUACACAUACAUGAUCUUACACAUUUAACUAAACAAAUCCAACUCAGAACUGAGGAGAGUCUAAUGAUUAGAACUAUGAUGUCAGGAGUGGACCUAUUAAAGUCCGCCACACCCCAUUUACAGAAUAAGAGGUAAUAUAAAUAUAGAGCCAGAACAGUGACAUUAAAAUUUUGACAGUAAAAAUCAAAUUUGGCAUUGAAAACAAAACCUGAACUGAAAAAGGACACUGACAUUGAAAUAUUUGCAUUGGAUUAAGUAGUAUUGGCAUUGAAGAAAGUUUCACGGAAAAAUUGUUUUCUAAUCUUAUAUUCUUAUUUGAUUUUGAUUUUUUUGUGUUCAGUGCCAGUUUUUUUUUUUUUCGUUUUAUGUAGCUUGCAUGCUCAUUGUCCCUCCCCUCAAACCCUUCUCUUCCACGCCAGUGAAGUUGAAACUGAGAACCAGCGACAUCAAAAAAAAUAAAAACUGUCAUAGAAAGUAGACAGACAUAGUGAAAAAAAUCUACAGAUUGACACUGAAGAACACAUCAUAAUGUAAAUUAAAUAUUAAAAUUGCAUAAAAAUAUAUGAUUGUAAAACUAUUAUUUUUUUAUGUCUUUGUUUUAUUUUUCAGUGAAACAUCAGUGGCAAUACAACUUUUUCCAAUACAAGUAUUUCAAUGCCAGUCUUUUCCAUUUCAGGUUUUUUUCAAUGACAAUUAUUUACAUUGUCAAAAUGUGACUUAAUGUCACUGUUCUAGUUCCAUAUACAAAUGGUCUGUUUUGGACUGGAAGAUCCACCUUGAAGACAUCAUAUUACCACCAUGCUGUUGGACUGGCAGCCAUGUUCGAUUCACAGAUUAGCAAGGAAAAAAAAUGUGGCAGUCCCAGUUUGAAUAUGCAUUCAAACUGCAUGUGUUACUUUGGGAGCUAUAAAAUUGCUGGAAAGGUCUUUUAUGGCUUGUUAGCAACUCUGAAACCAUCAGUCUCUGAGAUGUAAUCUGGUGAUAAAGCUUAAAUCAUUUUCUCCAUAGAUGAUUCCUUUCUGAACCAUGUCACAUACACAUUGCUGUGUGAUUACCACAAUAAAAUCCCAUCAAGUGUCUCCAAAAUGAAUCUGGAAAUGGCACAUCUUGAUGAGGUAUCUGAUUCAUUUGCAGACUAGCUUUCAGUGUCUCUUAUCAGCUCACAAAAGGAAGACCCCAACAACUACUGGACUGUAUUUCACAGCAUGAUGAGACUUGGACUCAAUUGAUGGAUGUUUUGACUUGUCACCUCUAUAUAUGAGACCAUUACACUGAUCUCAGAGUGGACUUCCUACCAUUGUUAUUUAGUAGAAAACCUGAACAAAAAAAAAACUCUCUAGGCAUCUUUAAAUGUAAUGUACACUGUUUUCCUAAAAGGACUUCAGCCAUAAUUACAGGGACACUUUGUGGCAUUGUAGCCAUGUCUUAAACCUUAUAGACAUGGGAAAACCUAAUUCAAAGGUGUUACCCUCCAGAGUCUGAUUGGGAAAUUAUUGAUGUGGUUUUAACCUAUUGCAGCAGGCAGAAAGUGCCUGUCUGUUUCAUAUUUUUAAGAAACAUUUCCUCACUGAUGUCAAGGUUCAUCCAUAACCUGGGUAUGUGGUAUACAGUCCUACAGGGCACUGUCCUGAAACAUGUCAGUUGGUUAUAUUGAUUAGGGACCAUUUCUGCUCGACUGUAAACCUAAAAGCCCAUAAGCAGAUCUUGUUUGGCACUGGAUAGAGAUGCACUGAUAUCAUUUUUUCCCUCUUAUUGUACAAAUUUUUCAUUUGAGAUCAUAAUACUGAAGCCCAAACCAGCACAUAUUUUCCAUUUAUCUCAUAUUCCAAAUAUUUGAUUUAUCUCUAUCUCUAUCUCUUAUUUUAAGUUAUUCUGCACUGAAUUUUCACAUUGUAUUAUGACUUGAAAUAUGAUUUACAUGAAGAAAUUAUGAUACUGACCAGGUACCCAUUAACUUUAUCAGUGCACCUCUACUCUUUGUGCUUCAUAAAACUAGAUGUAAACAGUGGGAAAGAAACACUUUUCACACCUACCGUCUCUAAACUCAUCUACCAUUGCCCAUAAACACUUGUUAACUCUAAAUUGUGUCCCAGGAGAAGUCAGUCAAUGCAUUCCUUUUAUUAGAGAAAACAUUCAGACUUUCUCCCAGUUCUGUAUGUGUGUAUGUGCAUUUUGGCAUUCAAUUCUCAGCUCUCUGGUGAACUGGAGCGUCAUUUCAAGGUUCCAGAUACUCUCCCCUCUCCUCGUUUUUUAGUGCUACGCUGAUGGUGGAGCUCCUGUACAAACCCUACACACAUUUUAAAAAUUCUGUAUUAUAGAUCUUGGUAAACAAGCAGCUAAGAGCUGUGACUGUCCAGCUGCAGUCAUAGCACUUCAAGCACUUAAAGUCAUUAUUUAUUUUAAGAAAUUGUUUCAUUAAUUCUAAUUUACUUAUUUGAUGUUUUCAAAUUUAGUCAAAGUUGUUUUACUAAAUUGAAAAUGUAAUCCUUUUUUUUUUUAAACCUAAGUGGCAUUCAUUCCGAUGAAAUAAAAUGUCUUUAAGUAGCAUGUUUGCACACUUAGGAGAAAUAGUAGUAAAAGACUGAAAAUAAUGUUACAUCUGUCUUGUUAGUGAACUUUAAAAAAAAAUACAGUAAAUUAAAAGCAAUCAUAUUUGGAAGGGAUUUUAUCCAAUUUUUCUUCAUGUUUGCCAUUUAAUUCUCUAUCUAAUGAAUCAGCCAAUAUUCAAAGUGCCUGUCUGAUUGCCUGUUGGUCAGCUCACACCAAAACUGGACAAAAACAUAUAAACAAACCCAGCAGGCCUUUUUUUAAAUGGGUAAGAUUGUUUUUUUGCAUGUAGCUGCGAUCAGACUGUACUAAAGCUACAGUUGAGUACUGCACCACGGUGGAGGAAAGACAAAAUGGUUUACAGGUAUAGUAGAUUAUACUUACUUUUUUAUACCAAGGGUUACUGUAUUUCUUGAAAAAAUAUUUUUGUUUAGUUUUAUUGAUUUUAUAUGGAUGUUUUGCUGAUAUAGUAGUCUGUUAUUUCUAUUAUUUCUAUUUAGUUAUGGUGCUACUUAGUGUAAAGUCUGCUGUUGGCUGGCUGCCUUUUUCAAGGCAUCUACCCGUCUGUCCAUUCAACUGUUUGAAUAUCUCUUACACAGUUUGUGAAUGAGCAGUAGUCAAGUGUUUCUAUGUUUCUGCUCACAAUUUAAUGAAUCAGAAGUUAGAAACAGGGCACUGCAGCAACAGUGCAUGUACUUAAAUAACACACUUAGAAAAGCCCCUAGUCUAAAUGCUAUCUGUGUCCAUUCCAGCCCUCACUGCUGGUACAAAACAAACCCCAUGAAACCACUCGCUGCUUCAAAAGCUACCAGCCUGCUUGAUAGAGAAAUAAAUUGCCUGAGUUUUGACCAGAAUUACUGUAUUUAACACAACAAUAGAAAGGGAAAUGCUGUAAACAGAUUAUUUUUCUGCUGUGGGUACUAGUCCACAUGAGAAAAAAAUGAUUUCAAAGGAUACAAUGACACAGUAAACUGUCUCUUGAGUCUCAGCUUAAAAACAGCUCAUUAAAACUGAACCAGGGAUUAGCUAGCUAACAAGCUAGUAGGUUCCUUAAAGCCUGGCACACACUAUUUUUUUUUUCUUUAAAUCUUAACUGUUUUAGAAAAUGCAAGAGACCACACACAUGAUGAGGCAGCUACAGUGCCCUGUAUGUCAGAACUCGUGUUUUCCCUACUUGGAAAAAUGUAAUAAUGGUUUCAAGGAAUACUCCCCUGAAAAUCAGUAUUGUAUCAUUAUCUGAGUAUCGUGCACUUUCUACCCAGUGGGUGGCCCUGAAGAUUUUGUAGUUUCCCUGCAGUUGUUGUCAACAAAGAAACAUUUUUUAUAUGUCCAUACCUCUUAAACCACUCCUGCAGCAUGAUCCAAUACUUUGCUGCCCUUCUAUAUGCUUAGUAUGUUUCAAAAACAAUUAUAUGCCAAAUGUGGGUAUAUUGACGUGUGGUCAGUGGUUUGUUUCAUCAUUUGUUGCAGAUGGCCAGAUAUGCUGGCAUAUUCAGCAUUUAAACACAAAGGUUUUCAGUGGAGUAUUCCUUAAAGAUUGUCAGUGGGUCUGGCAAAUAUUUUCAAACCUUAGUUUAGCUAUACAUCAGUGACCAUAACAGCUCAAUAUCCACUCUAAGAGUGGGGUUUGAGAAUACCAACACAGUGAAAAGCUCCAAAUUAGCCAAUUAAAAAAACUUCACCACUGGCAUCCACUUUUCUUUUAGCUGAGAAGUGAGUGACACAUUUCCCUCUUUUGACAAAUACUAGCCACUAAUUCGCAUUAGCUGGGGGCUCUGCAGUGACCACAGUCCAGUAAUGACUCAGUCAUCCCACAGUCUUUGCCACCACGCACCAGGAUGGUAGUCUGAAAUCACAAAGGGAUUUUUAUCAUUCCCUAAUAUUAGGUUUGGCACCACUAUUGGUUUUUAAUAUACUGCAAAACUACACAAUCUGUUACAAUAAACCCAAUGAUCUUUGAUUAAUUCUGAAUUCUGAAUUCUGAUCUUUGAUUAAUUCUAAUUUUACAUUUGAACAUAUGACGGGUGGAACUGCAACAGAUGCCAAUAACAGGUCUGAACAAUUAUUAUGAUCUUUGUUUAAAAAUGGGAAAAAAAUGGAACACUUUCUAAAAAUAAAAGCACAAACCUGAAAAAAAUCUACUUUUUACACAAUAUUGUAGAGAUUUUGACAUCAUGGACAGUACUGUGCAAAAGUUUUACACACUAAAGGUAAAGUGAGGAUGCUGUCAAUUGUCAAUCAUGGGAUUAAUUUUAUUCAUCAAUUAACCUCAUGCAAAGUGCAGUAAACAUAAAUACCUAAAUAAGGUCAGUAUUUCCUAAACCCGUGAUCAUUCAUAAUUUCAAUACAUUGACAUUGACAUUACAAAAAUCAUUAAACCCUGAGAUAUUUUGUGAUUUAAUGUAAGUUACUUUAGUGCCUUUCCUCUACAUACUGUAUAAUGAUGCCAACUUUCAGAUUAAUUUCGUGUGAAAGUAAGAUUAAGUGUCUUCAUUUGUUGUCUUGCAGUCGGUGCAGACUAAUUUGUGUUUACGAUAAUCGUCAGUGGUUGCUCUACCGCACAUUGUGAUGGACAAUACAUAUUGCAAGUCAGUACAAGUUGCUUGACUUUUGUGUGACCAGACCUCCAAACGGGUGAAAAUUCAGACCAAGGUUACAGUUUGAUUAAAUGUUUUCCUGCUGAUAUUGCUGGGUAAAGCAUCAGCCUAUAUCUGAGACGAUAUGACGAUGUGAUACGAGACGAUGUCCAGGUUGUGGAUAAGCACUUGUUCUGCUAUGUUCAAGUCAUAUGGAGGAUGCAAAAAAGUACAGAAUAAGGUUUCAUGUUUUCAACUGAUUUUAACACAUAAACUAAUUGGUCUGUAUUACUUUAUAUAGAUUUUUUUAAAUCUUUGCUGCUAUGUUUGAUUUUCAUAAGUAGAUAUGUCUCAGAUCCAUUGGUAUUUACUGUAACCUGGACAAAUGAAAUGGCGCAGUCAACUUAAGACUAAACUCUCUUCCUGACCCUGAUGUCAUUGGUUCUGUCUCCUGCCUUCCCACCUGCCUGUUAAGUGUCUCAUUUUCUCCUCCUCCCCCUCAGGUUAUAAGCGCUAGUCAUUGCAGCCAAUGACAGAACGGUUUUACAGGUCACUCAGCAUCACCAGCCAAUGACAGAUGAGUCUAUACAGGUUACAUGGCACAAACCAUGAGUCUCAUUUAUCCGUGUGUGUCUUUAUGCCUGUUAAAAAGUAACAGGAAUCUUUGCAGCCUUUUUUUAAUGUGUCCCCAUACCAUUCAUAUGAUUAUUACAUCCAGGAUGUAAUAGGAUACAGGAUAUGAACUUGAUUUCUUAGCUGUUCAUAAUGUUAGCUAAACUAUUACAUAGAGACAGCCUGUACAUUCGCUUUAUAUGAACAUACUCUUGUCUUUUUUAAAUAAUGCUUGAUUCUGAAUGAAAGGAGAAUGCAAUGAAAGUUAAAUAAAAUGAGUACAUAGACCCCUUGUGUUGCAGCUUGGAAAGAAAAGCCUUGUGCUCUGUCUCUCUCUCUCUUUCUGUUUCUUUGAGAAAAGCUAAAUGUCAACAACUGAUCUGAAAACAGGUCACUGUGGAAGUAUGUAGCUCUCUCUCUUUAUAGACCACACCGGAGCAUUUCCUCUGUGCAUAGGUGCAUUUUGAAGCUGAUAAAAAACAAAAAUCAAUAGCAAAUUUAUGAAGUUAAAUGAGAAAAUUUGAUCCAAGUGGAUUUUUAAAAGGAUUUUUGUUUUUGUGACUAAUGUAGCUUGCAAAAGAGAUAUAACUGCCUCCUGUUUGUCAUAGAAUUCAUAAAUAAAUGUUUGUUGGAAUUUCA